AUGGCUUCUUUCAACCCCUUCGCCAAACGCGAAACUCACAGCGCUAGUUCGCUGAACACCUACCGGGUCUUGGUACCCCUCAGCUGGGCACUUGUCGUCAUCGUCGGCAUCUACUACUCUCUCCAUUCGCCAGAUGAGAAGAAGGGCAAGAAGCUCUGGAAACAGGGUAAUAAGCACAACACUCCAUUCAGUCAGAACACCACCGUGACUGGUGUGUAUUGGAUUCUCCUUCUGCUCUCUCAGCUCAGCUACGUUUGGCACCUGUUCUCUAAGAACAAUGUUCUGGUGGCAGCCGCCGCCAAUGUGGCUACCCACUUCAUUUUGAACAACCUGUUCCUCUUCGCCUGGAUUCUGCUCUGGACUCGGAACCAUUUCUGGGGUGCCGAGAUCAUUCUCAUCGCCCACUUGAUUAACCAGACAGUGACUUACUGGCGUCACCGCGGUCUUCCGGCAUUUGUGCACCUUCCCGCAGUUGCCGGGCCCUAUGCCUGGACUCUGACGGCCUUGUUUUGGAAUGGCGCUGUGGCCGUCCACAGCCACAACCUGCCUGGCCGUAUCGUUGCAAACAUCUUCAUCUGGGUGAUUCUGGGAGUUGGUCUGUUUGACAUUGUUCUCCGCGAGGAUUAUAUCCUUGGCUAUUGUUUGAGUUUCUUGACAUUGUCCUUGGCUCUCCGGCAAUUCGCCAUCAAGAUCAUCGGUUUGCAGUGGAUCUUUGCCUUUGUUGUCUUUGGCGUGUUCCUCGUGGUCUCUCUCUACAUCUCCGCGACCAAGUCCACGGGCCGUGACAGUCUCUUCCGCCGCGUUGCUCACCCUGAGUCGGAUCGCGAGCGCGAGCCACUCCUCAACGAGGGGGUGUAA